AUGGCCAGCACACAAACAUCCAGUGGACCGAUGGGGUCUUACAACGAGGAGAAGAUUGUUGAAGCAGAAGACCUCGAUGUUCUUGACAUUAAGAGUAAACCCCAGUUCGAAUCAACCGAAUCUGAGAGCCGGAAAAACUCUGCCACGUACAAUAUGGAUCAUCAGAGCGCGGUGGUCAGCCCAACGAACCAGUCGACUAAUCCAGUUGAUCUUGUUGUAAGUCAUAUUGCGAGUAGAGUAACCUCGCGAUCGACUGUGGCACCUGGGCCACCACCCGAUGGCGGCUUCAGGGCCUGGUUGUGUGUCUUAGGAACCUUCCUCGUCGUCAUGAAUACAUGGGGUAUGAUCAACUCCUUUGGCGCUUUUCAGAGCUACUACAUCAAAACCCUUAACAGAAGCCCCUCCGAUAUAUCCUGGAUCGGAUCGAUAGAGAUAUUCCUCCUCUUCUUCAUCGGGGCCUUUACGGGACGUCUCACAGACGCGGGCUACUUCCGAACAGUGGCGAUGGUUGGCUCCUUUCUCGUCGUUGCCGGCACUCUGACCACAUCGGCCUGCACACAAUACUGGCAGUUCCUGCUGGCUCAGGGGGUGUGUGUCGGUCUGGGAAACGGGUGUCUAUUCUGUCCCACGGUAGCCCUCGUCUCCACGUACUUCAAUAAGCGACGCUCCUUCGCCAUUGGGAUAUCAGCAUGCGGGAGCGGUGCGGGAGGCGUAGUCUUUCCCAUCGUCAUACGGGAAAUGCUGCCUCGUGCAGGGUUCGGCUGGACGAUGAGGACGCUCGGGUUCAUCCAGGCCGCCGCGCUCGUCACUGCCCUCUUCUGCCUGAAGUCGCGGGUGCCGCCUCGCAAGACCGGGAGCUUGGUGGAGUGGGCGGCCUUCAGGGACUUGGAGUAUUCGUUCUACGCCGCAGGCGCAUCUCUGUGUUUCUGGGCGUCGUACAUCGUCUUCUUCUUCCUCGCGGCGUACGCGCGCGACGUCCAAGGCGUCUCGUACGACAAGUCCCUCGACCUCCUCAUGAUCACAAACGGCGUCGGCAUCGUCGGGCGUCUGCUGCUGAACCACCUAGCCGACCACGUCGGCAAUCUGACAAUGUUCGUGCCGACCGCCGCCGCCGCCGCGCUGCUCGCGUAUUGUUGGGCGCCCAAUGCAUCGCAGGCGGGCCUCUACGCCUGGGCCGCGCUCUGCGGUAUCGCUCUGGGCGGCAUCCAGGCGCUGUUCCCGUCCGCGCUGGCGUCGCUGACGGCCGAUCCGCGGAAGCAGGGGGCCCGCAUCGGCAUGGUCUUUACGAUUGUGAGUGUGAGCGUGUUGACGGGGCCGCCGAUUGCUGGGGCUCUGGUUUCUGCGCUCGAGGGCCGGUAUCUAGGCGCGCAGAUGUUUGCGGGGAGUAGUUUGACGUUGGGAACGGUUUUCAUUUUCUUGGCGAGAGAGGCUAAGCGGAAGAGGGUGGGAUAUUCGUUUUGGGCAAAGGUCUGA